UUAGUGCCUGAACUGAGGCUAAAACUAACACCCUUGACUGGCACACAUUCAAAGAUGGAGUGGAAAAACCUGGAGGAGGUUUUGACAGAAAUCUGGCAACAACAUAGAGAAGCAUUUGCACAAUCUGGCAUCCCGUGUGCCAGUGUGCAGUUUUGUUGUCAUUCUUCUGUCUGCCCUAUAUUUACAUCUAUAUGACUUGUGCUGGUUGCAUCACCAGCAGCUGUGUGAAUUCGUGGAAUAAAGAUCCCGAUCCAAUUCUGUCACAUGAAUCCUCAUGCUGGUGGACAUCCAGAAUUGAUAGACAAGAGCAGUUCUCAUCUAGGAAAAACUUCAUUUCGGAAGUGAAACAACCCAUGCCUCUGGAAAGGGAACGUGAAAUGUCGAGCGAGACACAAAGUGCACCCGAAGAAAACAUUCAGGGUUCGUGGGUGGAGCUGCAUUUUAAUAAUGGAGGCAGCAACGUGUCUAAAGGAGCUGCUGAGGAACAGGCUGGUAGUACUGCUCCAAGUGGAGAUCUGGAGAAAAUGCUGCUGGAUGCUCAGCACGAGUCAGGCAGGAGCAGCUCGAGGGGAAGCUUACCAUAUGACAGUCCUCCGAGAUCUCAGACUCCUUUGCAUCUGCGCAGGGGCUCAGAGGUUCACAGCUCUGGAGAAAAAAACAGCUCACAGUCAGAGGAAGACUAUCUAGAGCGGAGGAAAGAAGUGGAGAUUCUGAUGAAGAAAAACGCAGAUUGGAUCUGGGAUUGGUCGAGUCGACCCGAAAACCUCCCGCCCAAGGAGUUUUUGCUGAGGCACCCGAAGCGCUCCAGCACUCUCAGCAUGAGGAACACCAGUAUGAUGAAGAAGGGAGGGAUCUUCUCUGCAGAAUUCCUCAAAGUAUUCCUGCCCUCUCUGGUCCUUUCACACAUCCUUGCUGUGGGUCUUGGGGUGUACAUUGGAAGGCGUUUAACUACCUCUGGCACCUUUUAAGGGAACAGAAGAAAAAAAACACAAGAUAAAUCUCAUAUCCACACAUUCACCAUCUCAGCUGCUUUGUCUUGAAUCAGUGCUUGUGCAGAUGCAGAUAGGGUAAGGUCACAUGACACGUCCUCUCCCUGGCUGCGGGUCACGCUGCCUCGCUUUCCCCUUGUGUAUUCCACUGGCGUUUCCCAUUGUUCCUCUGUGGCCCAUAAUGAUGCCAGUUCAUUACAGGGCCGUCACUGCACGGGAAGAUCAUGUUAGGCUCAUAGGCAGAUAAUUAGAUGUGCUGCAUCCUCAUCAUUUUGCAUUUUCUUGCACCAAGACUCUGGAAGUGUUGAAUGGAAUGAGAACUCCAUUGAUGUGGUCCCUGAAAUGUUGGCUUUGUUCACACUGCACAUAAAUUCAAUUAGUUUUUUCAAUACCGAUUUGAAGGACUGACUGUUCACACUGAGUUCAAGAGUUCAAAUCAGAUCCUUGUUUUUUUUUCUUCUGACAGUGUAGUCAAUAUCCAGUGUAUCUACUGUCAUCAGUUGCAUAAGGAUUAAUGCCCAGAGACUGGAAAGAGGGGACAGAAUCUUUUUCUUCCUCUACUCAUGAGAGACGAACGACCAAAUACAAUUUUGUUCACUCAUUCACUACAUAAUGAAAGAAAAAAAUUAUAAUUAUCUCAUCAGUGAUUAAGACUGAGAUGCAUUCAAUAAAUAAAUAAAUCUAUAAAAAUAAGAUUUAAAACCACAUCAGGAUAUACCUUGAAUCAGGUUUGUAAAAACGUGAUUUUUUUAAUAUUUAGUAAAUUUUUUGGCUCACGGGGUGAAAUCAGAUUUUUGCUGCAUGUCUGAACAAAGCAUUAGAUUGUGAACUGGGAGGAGUUUUCCCACUUUAUAGCCCAUAUCAAACUUUAUACUAAAUCUCAACAUUUGAUAAAAUCUUUUCAAGGCAACAUUUCUUUGUGCCUUGAGGUUGUUUUUGCAUUUAUAAUUCUUUGAACGCCAAACUGCACAUUUGCUUUGGGACUCUGACAGUAUUCAGUAUUAUACAGUAUAUACAACGGCUGUCAACAGCAAAUUUCUUUUUGCAUUUUAUUUUUAAAAAUACAAGCCAAGAUGUACCAUAUCAGCUCACCUCAGCUAUCUACAAAUAAGGUAUGAAAUAUUUCAUUUACAAAAUAUGAAAUAAGAUAUAAAAUAUUUAAAGAUGAUGUGAGAUGUGUAUUUACCAAUGUUGUUUAAGUUUGCACUCAGAAAUCAUGUAUUUGAACGAUCAGGCUUCCAGCCCAAAGAUUGCCUUAAACAGUUCAUGAAUCAGGCAGGGAGUAUAAGGGACUUUCUGUGUAAAUUUGUGCAUGUUUUGUAGGCUUUAAAAAUCAUUUUCAGUGUACGUGUUAAUUUCAAAGUUGUUUCUUUCUAAACAGAGGGAACAGAAAUAAAUGUUUGUCAA